AUGGCCUCCGAACCGACCGAGGAAGCUAUCACCAACUUUGUCAGCUUCACAAGCACAACACGCGAGCAAGCCAUAACCUUUUUGAAGGGAAACAACCUCGAUUCACAGAAAGCGAUCAACGCGUACUUCGAAGAUCCGACAGGCUCUCAGCUGAAGCCGAUUACUAGUUACUGGAAUGACAAUACCGACGCUUCAUGGGAUUUUGCCCAACAAGACAAUGCGCCACCGAUGCCAACGACAGUACCACCCUCUCGCCCUCCUUCCCGAGCAGACAUACGCGACCAAGAACCAAAUUUGGGAUAUCAAGAUUCUAUCGCGAUCGCUCCGAAAGAUGGUUCCGGACAAGGUCUCAGUCUGGCAGAACGCGAGGAAAAGGAAUUGCAGCAGGCAGUUGCUAUGUCUUUGAAUUCGGAGAUAGGACAGCAGGAAAUCGGGGUGACGCUGCAUAAACAGCCGCAAUUCAAUAAAGCAACCCGGGAUCAUUACGAAGAAGGUGCCUGGGCGAUGACCCUAUUCAACACGUCCUCCGAAGAAGUCAUGAUUAGCCCAGACCCGGAAGAUCGCAAAAGAGUAGAGGGCGAGCCUGCUUUCAUCCGCCCGAACCCUAACGGCAUUUAUCUAGGAGGGCUUUUGACAAUUCUCCACAGCAUUCCCCUUGCCCGAGAAGCAUUGCUCUUGCGGAAUAAACCGCUAUUUGACUACGGCUAUGAGUCGCAGUGGUGGAACGGGCAAACGAUCAAUCUUCCAAAGAUUGUCACGGUGAAUGAUGGCAAGACUGGGGAUCGCGACUGGGAUGACAUAAUUCAUGAGACCCAGCGGCUGAUGGCCUUUAUGGAUACCACGAAACGUGCUUUUGGCAGCAGCGACAGCUUAGCAAAGAUCAAUAGCAUGUCGUCCUUAUCGGUGGAUUCAGAGGAGAUCGUCACCAGGUUUUUGGAGGCUUGGCAUGGUGCAGCCACUCAAGCAGAUCCUGAAAAUCCACUUGCAACCAUAUUCACGUCGCAUGCAUACAAGAAAGAACCUUGGUACGAGUUUUCUCAGCACGAUACCAGGGAGCUCUUCACUUUUGAUCCUCCGGUUGAGCAGGACAAUGACCAAACGCUCUAUGACGUUUUGGAUUCGGCUUUAUGGUCUGACAGACCGGGGAACGAGCUUGACGACGCCUGGCUUGAACACUUAGCAGAGGUGCUAGUCAUUAGACUCGAUGCUCUUCAAAAACCAAACCCCGUGGGUGUGGGCAUUCAUUCUGUGUUCUAUCCAGAUCGGUAUCUUGGCAGCUGCCGAGAUUUGGCUCGUGAAUUUCGUGCAAAACGACAGCAGAUACAGGGAGAUGUGUUGAAACUUGAACAACUCAUUCAUCGCUACACCUUCCCACGGGAACCCAUGGGCAGCUCGACGAUCACGGAACUCCUUGAGCAAGCUGCUCAGGCGGUGCCAGUAGUUGCGCGGGAGCAAGUGAGUGAGUCUGAUCCAUCCAGCUUCGGGGCAGUAGGUUCGGAGACAAUGCGAGUCGCAGAAGAAUUGAGAGCAAUUGCCACAAACAUAGAAGCCAAGCUCAAAGAACUUGAACUUAGAAAGCAGAGUGCCAUGGAGUCUCUCCGUGAGAUAUCAAAGACACUUACCGAAUCUCCCAAAUCACCUUCCGAGCCCCCUGGUCACAAGUAUACGCUACGAGGCGUAUGCACUGAACCGCAUGUGACUUACGUUUUAUCAAAUUCCAGAACGAUUUCCCCUGCCCACUUGAUGGAUAUGGACUCGGACACUGAAAACAGUAAUGACUACCAGUGGUGGCGUAUCAGCUUCUCGGUGGAAGAUGGAAAGACCCGACAAGCCGAGAAAAGAAAAGCCCAAGGCAACACUACACCGACACAGGAUGGCGAAGUUGUUGGCUACACCACUCGGAAAGUUCAGGAGAUUGAAGUCCUCCAAGCCGCCCGUGAAGAGUGGAGUUCAGUCUUGCUCGUUUAUGCGAGCGAGAAUGCAGUGAAUGCACAAAUUGAACCUGCGCCGUCUCAGCUUCAGGGCUUCGUGAACACAGACAAUGAUGCUUUUGCCAGCGAAUUCGAAAAUACCCCUACCAUAAUAUUUAGUGACCAGGAAGAUUCCUGGGCGGAAUCGAACAACGCAGAAACCCAGCACAAAGAACAGCAGCCUGAAAUGUCAGAGAAGGCCGCACAGGUGAAUGUUUUUGACUACGAGGUCUCCAGGUUCGACGACGACCCAAACCCCAGCCAAGAGAUGCAGGAGAAGGGUGGAGCGAGUCUCUUGGGCCAUCGUGCCGCAACUAGCUCUAUGGCGCCCACUGCCUCGCAAGCAGUUCCAGGGGGGAACAAUGGAGAUGAUGCGGACAUAGCACAUCAUCUUGAGCAUGUGGACUAG